AUGCUCGAGGCGGGGUUUCGCGUUUGGAGGCAGGCGUUUGUUAAUUUUUAUCUGUAUUUUACGGUCUCACGGACCGUGAGUUCUGCAGCGCUUUUAACUGAACAGACUGAAAAGUGGAGCCCUGUCUCCUCCUCUGCAAGGCCUUUCAAGGGGGCAUCUUGCAUCCUCAGAGUGGCGUUGGGUGAGCGGGAUUUACUGGAGGAUUUUAAAGCUCUGACCUGUGAGAGCUCCAGGAAGAAAAGUGAAUUCCUGAAGCAGAGAGGAAAUGCUGAAUUUUCCCAAGGAGCCCUGGCCUCUGCCAUCGUGUUUUACACCAAAGCCAUGGACUUGUGGCCUGUAAACCACCUCCUGUAUGGGAACCGAGCUCUGUGUUACCUUCUCACCAGGCAGUACGAGAAAGCUGUGAUUGAUGGGAAAAGAGCCAUAGUCCUCAAGCCUGAUUGGCCAAAGGGUCACCACCACUACUGCAAAGGCCUGGCGCUGCAGGGCAAAGCUGAUCUGGCGCUGGAGGCCAACAAGAAAGCGCAGGAGCUCUGCCAGAAUCACCCCGAGGGGCUCAAGGAGCUCGUGCAGCAGUGUGAAAAACUCAAGAUAAUCGUGCGAGAAACCCCUGGUAUUAAACAUAAAGAGAAGGUGAAGAGAGUUCUGAAUGAGAGGAGCAGAUGCUGCACUCACAAAUCCCCUUCAAGAACCCCCCAAGAGCAGAAAGGAGUGGAGAAAGAGAAGAGGAAGAAGAAGAGCCAGGCUGAGCCCAAACAGCCCCAGGGUCCCCAAAACCACAGUGCCAAGGUGACUGAGCCCCAGAAAACAGAAGGCAAAGUUUCCCCGCCGGAGCAGCCUCCAAACCAAAGUCAGCAAAACAAACAAAAGCCAAAACCCAAAACUAGUGACAAUGGAAAGAUGAGGGAUAAUUUGGAUUUGAAGAAGGAGUCUAAAGCCGUGGAGGAUAAAAGUUUCUCUGCUGUGCCACAGGUGGAUUUAAAUCCAGAUGUAAACCCCCUGGGGCUGGAGGGUGCUGGAACCUCGCUGGACAGGGGCAGACCCACUUUAUUAAACCUGCUGAGAGCCAUGAAUACUCCGGAAUUCACGGUGGAUUUUAACUCCCUGCCAGAGGGUGUGACGGGCCUGGCUCGGGAUGGCUGCAGGUUCCUGCUGGAGCAGCGGUGCCACGAAGCCGAGCGAGCCUUUUCCCAGCUCCUGAGCAUCUUCUUCGACUCAGGAUUUCCGUACAUGAGGAAUAUUCUUAAUAUUAAUUAUGUUAUACUGUUCUAUGGACAUGCCACUGCCCUCCUGGGAAUAGGGACUCCUGAGGCGUUGGCCAAGGCUGAAGAUCAGUUUAAGAAAAUAAUUGAAGACUAUCCGGAAGAAAGCUGUUUUUGUUUGGCACACUAUGGACUUGGAAGGGUUUACCUCAAGCAAAACAGGUUUGCUCGUGCCCGCGACCAAUUCGCGAGGUCGAAGCUGAUGAUGGAUUUCAAGAUUGUCCCCGGAGUUUUAACGUGGCCAGGAACGAGCCAGGUGAUCGAGGAGUCGCGGAUGGAGAAUUUACAGGUGGCUUUAAAGAAUUAUUUGGAGAAAUGUCGAUUCCCUCCAGAGCCUGACGCUGUUUGUCGAUACCAGCAGUGCCACGGCUACUCCAAAAUCCAAAUAUAUUUUACAGACCCUGACUUUAAGGGUUUUAUACGUAUUAUUUGCAGUCAGCAGUGCAGGCUGGAGUUCCACAUCAGCUGCUGGAAAAAGCUUAAAACAGCAAGCUACAGUGAUAAAAAUGAUAAGGAUUUCCUUAAGGAAACGUGUUUUACUCCUGAUUGUAAAGGCCUUAUUUCAAAAAUAGUUAUUUUCAGUUCUUCUGGGCUGGUAAAAUGUGAAUUUGAACAAAAAAUCCCCAAACCUAAGGAGCCACCGAGGGCCUGUAUAAAACAGAAAAGUUCAAGUCUUAGGAAGAUAAAAAUGAAGCAAGAAAAAAAACUGUGGCGAAAACGAGCGCGAGAAGAGGCCCGGAACUCUGCCAGAAAAAAACCUGAGGAGAAGCAGGAAGGAAAUGAAGAAUCCCAGUACAGCCAGCACGGGGGCUGUGGCCAGGAUCUGUGCGCUGGGGACCAGGUCCUGCAGCACCUCCAGCGCAACCGCGAGCAGAUCAAAGCCGCCGUCGCUGACGCUGCCGAGUUAUUAAAGGAAUUAUUGGAGUGGGGAGUGAUCAGAGAGGACGAUUUCACCUCCUGUUCCCAAAUGAGCUCGUCCCAGGAGGUGCUGGAGCAGCUCCUGAGCUCCUUAAUCCAGGCCAGAUCCCGAGUGCGGACCAGGGCGUUCCUGCACGUGCUGAGCCAGCUGGGAGAGGUGGAUCCCAAAGUGCACAAGUGGCUGAGACACCUGGAUAACCUGGGUCUGACAGCGACAAAAAACUUCCUCCUUCAAUAUGGCCAAGUCCUGCAAGAGCUUGACCUCUCUAUUUUAACCCCGCUGUGGAACCGGAAAUACGGCAAUAAAUUUGAUUGUGUGGCAGCUGAUAGUGAAAAGCAAGAAAUCUGUGAUUAUUUCCUCGCCCCUCCCCUAGAGAAAUCCCGUUGUUUUAUAUGGCUUUUAGAAGAAAACAGAGAAGAUUUUCCAGGCCUCCAUCAAGCUUUAGAUGAAUUCUUUGAUAAAAUGGAUGACCCAACCAUUAUAUUAAAGAAGCAGGGAAAUGAAAAUUUAUCAAAUAAUGAAAUCAAAGUUAAAAACAAAAACAGGAAGAAAAAUUGGAAAGAUUCAAAGUCUAUUUUAGUAUUAUCCAGUGGAGUUAGUACAGCGUCACGAGAAGAGGAGAAGAUAUUUAUAGAAGAACAAAAUAAUUUGUACAGAGAUUAUCCAAAUGAACCCUUCGUAAUCCCUGAAUAUCUCCAGGAGCAGCUGGAGGAAUUCGAAGCUCUCUAUAAUGUUUCCAAUAGUAACGGUUAUAUGAAUAAUAAUAAUAAUAAUAAUCCAGAUCCAAUCUGUGAGAAUUUAUAUGAUUAUUUCUCUCAGAUCUUGGAAGAACACGGCCCUCUGGAGAUUAAUAAUAAAUUACUAAUCGGGGAGUACGAAAAUUUCCCGGCGGAGACGCGGAAGGUGGUGGAGGAGGCGGGCGGGCUGGAGCCCUUCCUGCUGAAAUCCCUUCGCUUCAUUCUGCUGGAUAACCUGAUCGGCCUGAGGAAGCACUCGGCCCUUUUCGAAGGGAAUCCCAGCGGGAGCCGGCCGGAGGAUAAAACGGAGAGCGACGCAGCCGGGCAGCUCCAGAGGGAUUCCUGCCGCAGCAACCCGCCCUUGAACCCCUACGCCGAGGAGUUCAAGCCUCUGUCGUACUCUCUGCCACCCCCUCCGUCGUCGCUGCCCGAUCUGACAGCUUACGAGACCCCGCAGUAUUUCCCCUGCCCCUUCCCCGCUCCCUGCGCGGCCGGGAACGUUCUGGAACUCGGCGCCGCCGUGCCGCUGAAGGCCUUGGAGCCGGCCGUGCUCCUGCCGCAGAGCUCCUGGGGUUACCAGUACGGGAUCCUGCCCGUGGUGCCCGCCGCGCUCUACGCCGACCCCGCGGCUCCUCGGGCCGGGAGAUUCGGCCCCGGGGGUUCGGUGCCGCCCGAGGGGCAGGGCCGCGAAGGCCUUUGGGGCUGGCGGGGCGGCUCGGAGCGGGAGCGUCCUGCUCCUCCCGAUGGCUCCGGGGAAACGGCUGCCAGGGAGAAAGGAAGGAGGGAGAAAGCCGGGACGGACGGGAACGCUCACACGAGGAUGGCGGCUGUCCAGGUAAAUCAGGAUGUUGCUGAUAGGGAAACCAAUACUUUGCCUUUCCAUCCAUUUGAAAAUCAAAAAGGCGAUAUCCUCCGCAUGGAGAAGGAGCACCGGGUGCUGACAGAGCAGCUCAGGGAAGCAGAGGAGAAAUUCGAGCAGCUACAGAGCAGGAGCUUGGAGGACAUCAGUGCUGCAGAGGAGCUCCUGAAAAAAAGCAUUGAAGAGACUGAGGUGUCCCAGAAUGAGCUGGAUUGGUUCCACCAAGACUCGGACGCGCAGAUGAAGAAAUGGCAGCAGGAGAAGAAAGAAAAUCGCGAGAACUUGAAAGCACUGAGGGCCACAGCUAAAAAACACUCCGACACCAAUGAGAGGUAUUUGAAGACUGUUGAUGACAAGGAAAAGCAAUAUAAUGCGUGUUUAAAUACAUUUCUGGAGACCAGUAAUAAAUUUGCUAACGAGAAAGGCAAAUUGGAAGAGCUGAUAAAAAAGAGUCAAAGUGACAGCCAGGAGUGUGAGAAAAGAGCUGUUAAAGCAGAGAUCUCAGUGCUCCAGACCUGGAAGGAAACAGAGAUCUGGAAGCUCACGGGCAGCAUUGCCAAGGCAGAAGGGAAUCUCAGGAUGCUGAAAGCAGUGAGCAGCAGCUCAGCUUCAGCAGCUCCCGUGUUGAAGUCUCAGAUUGAUUCCUGGGAGAUAUUUAUUUCAAAUGUCAAGAAACAACUGGAGAAAGUCGAGGCCGAGUACGAAGCAAAAAUGGAGCUGGUGAGAAACGGUGCCCGGGACUGCCUGAGCAAAGUGGAAAUUGUGGAUUUUCCUUCUCCUCAGGGCUUUGUUACGACACCGGGCAGAACCCCCAUGUGUGACCCCGCCGUUGUCACCUGCGCCUCGGCGUCUGCACUUCCCGGUGCCCUUCCGGCGUUUUCCGCGAGUUCUGACGGAAAAGCUCCGGCCCAGCCUUCACUGCAGGCGCAGAGCGGAGCCAAGGCAGCGCCUGCCGCCUCUGAGGCUCCUUCUGCAGCUGGGAAAACGCUUCCCAAAGCUCCAGAGGGAUCACAUUCCACUCAGCUCUCAGCACCCCUCCCGUCGGGGGCUUCUGGAGGCGACUCCCAGCCCAGCCAGGAUCCCCCAGCGCUGCAGCCCAGGCCUCCUGGAAUUCCAGUCAACAAAAAGCUCCCAAAGGGAAUUGGAAAUGUUUUUGACCAGCUCCAGAGUGUGUUCCCAAACCACAGCAGCUCAGACCUCAUGGCCUUGAUCAAGGAGGUGCAGAGGAGGAACGGGAACGCCGCCGUGGGCCUGAGCCAGGACCAAAUCCUCAGCCGCGUCACGGAGCUCAUCCUGGACCGGCAGCUCCAGGCACCGCCUCCAGCAGCCAGAGCCGGGCACUCCCCGGCGGGGAGGAGCAGCCGGGAAUCGCCCCCCGAAGGAACCGCCCCCGGCUCGCCCCGGGCAGCACCGGCCCCUAAAAACUCCUCCAGUAAAAACCCCUCUCAGCCAAACCUGCAGCCCUGGGGAAAUGCUGGAGCUGCACCUAAAACCAAAUGGAAGAAGUGGGACAAUGCCUCCUGUGAGGAUCCCUGCACCAUCUGCCACGAUGAGCUGAGCAGAGACUGCUGCGGGCUCGAGUGUGGCCACCACUUCCACAGCGAGUGCAUCCGAACGUGGCUCAAGCAGCAUUCCACCUGCCCCAUGUGCCGUGUCCACGCCCUGCUUCCCGAGGAUUUCCCUGAGCUCCCUGCGUGGAACAAGAAUGGUCACCAGUAGCAGGAGGGGCAGAAUUCCAGCAGCUCAGGGAAUUGUUCUCCCGCUGUUUCCCCAGUCUGAAGUGACCAGAGCACCAUCAACACGGCGAAAUUUGUCCCAAACAGCCAAAAGGUGAGGACCAGAGCCCGAGAAUCCUAAAGUGAAACUCAAAUAUUCUCUCCUCUGACUCCAGGGAACAUCACAUGGAGUCGAGCUCUUGGCUAAUUCCAGGGAUCACUCGUUCCCCACACUGCUGCAUCUCCUCCAGCCGAAGUUUCAAAGUUUUAAGCUCCUCUCUCGUUAUUCAGUGUAUUCGUUACCACUUGAAUAAAGUUCCUGCUGAGGCCAAA